GGCCUCUCUGCCCGCCCCGAGCUGAACGGGCGGCUGGGCGUGGCGCAGAGCUUCGAGGGCGGGCGGUACGCGGUGGCGCUCGAGGGCGGCGGCGAGAGCGUGCGGGUGCGGCCGGGCAAUCUGUCGCCAGCGGCGGCGGAGCGGGCGUCGAGCGGUGCCGCGGCAGCCCCCGAUGCGGUCGUGACAGCGGCUGAGCGAGGCGAGGAGGCGGCACUCGAUGUGGUCACACUCUCAGGCAUGGUGGUCGUUGGCGAGCCGGUGAAAGCGCCAUCCUUCACGGCGAGCCGCGAGUUCCAGCGGGCGGAGGCGAUGGCACACGUGCAGCAGGCGCGCGUACACGCGUAUGAGCGCGCGAUUCGUGACAGUGGCGACGGUUCAGUGCCGGGGGGGCUAGGUGGAGGAGCGGCGGAAACACACUCCGCGCGCCAGUGGCUCUCGGGCAAAGUGGCCAAUGCUAUCCGGCACGACGCCGAGCAGUUCGGCAUGUCCGGCGGUGAGAGCUCGACGGCGCUCACCGGCGAGCGUGUCGGGCGGGCGCGUGAGCUCGGAUGCUAGCAAGCACGGUAGAACACAAUGUGUGUCCUUCACUGCCUGUCACACACGGCCGACUCCAACUACCCAGCUGCCCUGCCCAGGAGACCCAAGUGGCAUCUCAUCUGUAGAUGGACCGCUGCAAUGUGCAAGAAUGUGCACAGCUAGGGGUGCAGGGCGACGUGGAGGAGAGGAGAAUUCACAAGGGGAGUCACAACGAUCUGGCAUGUCAUGGGCUCGUAUGAGAGGUGUAUUUCUUUUUCG